AUAAACCAGUGUUACCGGACAAUUAUGAAAGAGAUACCUGGAAAAAACUUGAAGAUGCUGUUUCGGCUAUUCACAGAUCCUCAUUUAUACGAUACAGCCUUGAAGAAUUAUACAAAGCAGUUGAAAAUCUAUGUUCUCAUAAGAUAGCAAAAAAUCUCUAUGGUCAGUUGAAGGAUGUAUGCGAGUCUCACAUCAGGAAGCAGGUUCAUAUAUUUGAUGAUGGUGUCUCAGGUGAAAGCUUUCUUCGAAAACUUGAACAACAGUGGCAAGAUCACUGCCAGCAAACGAUUAUGAUCCGUUGCAUAUUCCUGGUGCUUGAUCGAACAUAUGUUCUUCAAAAUUCCAUGCUUCCUUCAUUAUGGGAUCUUGGCCUUGAUCUUUUUCGUGAAAAUGUGUUAAGUCGAGAACAUGUUCGAGAGCGUUGUUUUUUUGGAUUGCUUAAUUUAAUAAAGCGAGAAAGGUCUGGAGACACAAUUGAUCGAUGUUUACUCCGCAAUCUUCUAUCUAUGCUUAAUGAUCUCCAUAUUUAUCACACAAUGUUUGAGAAGCGUUUUCUUCAUGAAACAGAAGAGAGUUAUUCAAUUGAAGGGUCCGCAAAACGAUCUUCAAUGGAAGUACACGAGUAUCUGAUUCACACAGAGAGAAGAAUAUCUGAGGAGAGAGAUCUGUGCCUUGCUUGCAUGGAUCAUUCAACAUUGAAACCCCUGACACUGUGUGUUGAAGAGCAACUAAUAUCCAAGCAUACAGAAGCACUCUUAAGCAAAGGGUUAAGUCACCUCAUAGUGGAAAAUCGCAUUGAUGAUUUAAUGAGAUUGUAUAAACUGUUCUCAGCAGUGAAGGAUGGGAUACAAUCAUUAUGUACUCACUUUAAUAAACAUGUCAAGAAUGUUGCCUCACUUAUUGUGUUGGAUGUCAGCAAUGACCACACCAUGGUACAAGAUCUUCUUGAUUUGAAAGAAAAACUUUCAAACAUUGUGACAAAAUGUUUUUCGAAAGAUUUAAAGUUUGUAGAGGCUUUAAGGGAAGCAUUUGAAUCUUCAAUCAAUAAAAGACAGAAUAAACCAGCUGAACUAAUUGCUAAAUAUGUGGAUCAAAGAAUGAAAUCUGGUAAUAAAGAAGCGACUGAAGUGGAACUUGACCGCACAUUGGAUCAGAUCAUGAUGUUGUUCAGAUUUAUACAUGGAAAAGAUGUGUUUGAAGCUUUCUAUAAGAAAGAUUUAGCAAAGCGACUUUUGGUUGGAAAGAGUGCAUCUGUUGAUGCAGAAAAGUCUAUGUUGUCAAAAUUGAAGCAAGAAUGUGGUGGAAUGUUUACUGGAAAACUUGAAGGGAUGUUUAAUGACAUCUCGCAUUCAAAGGAGCUAAUGGCACAGUAUAGACAGCACGUCACUACAAAGAAGGAAGGUAAAGUUCCUAACAUUGAUAUGAGUGUGAACAUAUUAACAAUGGGAUACUGGCCAACCUAUCCACCCAUGGAAGUACAACUUCCCUCAUAUCUUGUCAAACUUCAAGAUAGCUUCAAAGAUUUUUACUUAAGCAAGCACUCUGGGAGGAAGUUGUCUUUCAGGGCAUCGCUCGGCCAUUGUGUUCUUAAAAGCAAAUUCAAAAAUGGUAACAAGGAAUUACAAGUUUCACAGUUCCAGGCGUUGGUUCUUCUUCUGUACAAUGAAGCAACAUGCUUUUCUUUCUUACAAAUUAAAUCUGACACACAGAUUGAAGAUUCUGAAUUAAGAAGAACAUUACAAUCACUUGCGUGUGGUAAAGCAAGAAUUUUAACAAAGUCUCCAAAAGGCAAAGAUGUGAAUGAUGGUGAUAACUUUAAUCUAAACACUGAGUUUAAACACAAGCUGAUCCGAAUUAAAAUAAAUCAAAUACAGCUAAAAGAGUCGGUUGAAGAAAAUACAGACACUACUGAGCGUGUGUUUCAAGAUCGGCAGUACCAAAUUGAUGCUGCCAUUGUCCGAACAAUGAAAACUCGCAAAACAUUAUCCCAUCAACUCCUACUUACAGAACUAUAUGACCAACUGAAAUUCCCACUAAAAGCAACAGACAUUAAAAAAAGAAUCGAAAGUUUAAUUGAACGGGAUUAUAUGGAGAGAGACAAGGAUAACACAACGCAGUACCACUAUAUGGCAUAAUGUUGUGAUGAAACAAACUGCUUUGUUAUCUUAAACUGAGUAAGAGAGAAUGCCUUGCAUAAAUAUACUUAUACUAUCACAUUGGCGAACUGAAAUUGUAUGGUCGAAUUAAAUGCAGACAUUUUUUGGGUGGUUGUAAAGCACACAUGUCAUAUCAAAAAAAUAUUUGUACUCGAGUUUGUCUUUCAAAUUAAACUUGUCAUAUCAUUUUAUGAACCUUGAAUAAGGUGUGCUUGAAAUUUUAGGAUGUGGAACAUCAUAUGCUGCUUUAUAAACAAAGUAGUGAGUGUUUGUAUCCAGGAGUGACUUUCGUUUUAGAAGCUUCCCAUGCAUGAGUUAAAAAGCACAAUCUGUUGGCACCUUACCUCAUUUAAUUUCCACACUCAAUACACCUCUUGGCAGCUUACCAGUUACUUUGUGGCUGAGUAUUUUAUUUGGGUGGUGGAGGAUUUUAUUUUAGCUUAUAAUGAUCUGUAUUCAUAAGUUAAAAAAUGCAUCUUCCGAUCUAACAAAGCAAAGAGCAAGUAAUAAAAUAAUUUUGCGCUGUU